UGCUCCAAUAAAGGCUCUCAUGAUUUGGCAGCAAGCCUGCCUCGGAGGCUCUGCCUCUUUGCACCGCAUUGGCUGAGGCUGCUGUUCAUAAGUGCAGCUAAGGGAGGGGGGCCUGUCUUUCGGGGGGAGUCAAACAGAAGCAGCAGGAACAUGACAGCUGUGCUGGAGGGAGGAUUGAAGCCCUUCUGGGCCUGGCUGGGAGUGGAGUUCUACCGGGUUUUUUACCUGGUGGCCGUGUUCUGCUUGACCUGCUUGCUGUUGAAAGCCAUUCAGCUGUAUCACAGGAAGCAGGAAUUGAUCAAAGCGUUCAGAAGGUUCCCCGGCCAUCCGACCCACUGGCUGUAUGGCCACGUCCACGAGCUUCUACAAGAAGGGGAGGUUUUAAACAAAGUAGAGGCCUGGAGCCAGAAGUACCCGUAUGCCUUCCCCAUCUGGUUUGGGAGUUUCUCAGCAUUUUUAAACAUCACCCACCCUGAUUAUGCGAAGGUCUUAUUUGCCAGAGGAGAUCCCAAGGACAACGUUAGCUAUCAUCACUUAGUUCCAUGGAUUGGGAAAGGAUUAUUAGUCUUACAUGGGCCCAAGUGGUACCAGCAUCGUAAACUGCUGACUCCAGGGUUUCAUUAUGACGUGCUGAAACCUUAUGUGCCAUUGAUUUCUGAUUCUACCAAAGUGAUGCUGGACAAGUGGGAGGAGCUGGUCACCCAGGAUAAGUCGGUGGAGCUCUUUGAACACGUCAGCUUGAUGACUCUCGACAGCAUCAUGAAAUGUGCCUUCAGUUGUCAUAGCAACUGCCAGACCGACAGGGAGAAUUCCUACAUCCGAGCGGUCUUUGAUCUCAGCUACUUGGUGCAUCAGCGGCUGCGCAUCUUCCCGUACCACAAUGAUCUCGUUUAUCGGCUCAGCCCCCAUGGUCUCCAAUUCAGGAGGGCCUGCCAGCUUGCGCACCGCCAUACAGACAAGGUGAUCCAGGAGCGGAAGGAGUCUCUCAAGGACGAGCGAGAACGUGAGAAGGUCCAGAAGAAGAGGCACUUGGACUUUCUGGAUAUUCUUCUCCAUGCCAAAGAUGAAAACGGCGCUGGACUGUCCGACGAAGACCUACGCGCCGAGGUGGACACGUUCAUGUUUGAGGGGCACGAUACCACGGCCAGUGGGAUCUCCUGGCUCUUGUACUGCAUGGCCCUGUACCCAGAGCACCAGCAGAGAUGUAGAGAAGAGAUCCAGGAGAUUGUGGGAGACCGGACUACUAUCCAGUGGGAUGACCUCAGUAAGAUGACAUAUAGCACCAUGUGCAUCAAGGAGAGUCUUCGCCUGUACCCUCCCGUACCUGGAGUGUCCCGACAGCUCAGCAAACCCAUCACAUUCCACGAUGGACGUACCUUACCAGAAGGCUCCUGGGUUGCAGUAAGCAUCUAUCUCAUUCACAGAAACCCAAGUAUAUGGAAAGAUCCACUGGUGUUUGAUCCGUGGAGAUUUUCUCCAGAGAACAUAUCCGACAGACAUUCUCAUGCCUUCCUGCCUUUUGCCGCUGGGUCAAGGAACUGCAUCGGGCAGCAGUUCGCCCUGAACGAGAUAAAGGUGGCCCUGGCCCUGACUCUGCUCCGCUUCGAACUCUCACCGGAUCUGGCCAACCCCCCGACCCGAAUACCUCAGCUCAUCCUGCGCUCCAAGAAUGGGAUUCACCUGCACUUGAAGAAAGUCCCUGGAGGCUGAAAUCGCGCCGUUCUAGGUGCGGGAAAGGGAAGGAGUUGAUAACGGGGUGCCACUUGAAUCAGACCAAGGCGUGAGUUCUCAUAAGCCAGCUCUUGGGCCCAAAGAUCUUCAUCCUCCUUCUCCUGCUACCGUCAGCCAAAGGCCCCUUUUGGCCUGCAUCGAUGUGCCAGAUGUAGCUGGUUUAAUAAGAGGCCUGGGUCUUAUUGCCCGCGAUGAUUUUAUUCUGCCCAGUAAGUGGUCCCCUUGGAACAUCUGCACCUGCUCUGAUAUUGCCUCUUCAUAGCCUUUGACUGGCUUCUUCUCCUCUGCCACACGGGUGUUCUGCCUGGCACCCCGUGAAGUGUUUCCCUUGAUGCCAAUGGGCAUUGGCUCAGCCCCAAUGUUCUAGGGGUAUGUCUACACUACCACCCUAGUUUGAACGAGGGUG